GUGAUCGUAGGCGGAAUGGUUGCCAUGGCAGCGGCUGGUCGCACGGCUGGGCGGAGGGAAGAUGGCGGUAACCGGCUGGUUGGAGAGUGUGCGGACCGCCGAGAAGACGGCGCUGCUGCAGGACGGGAGAAGGAAGGUGCACUAUUUGUUCCCAGAUGGAAAGGAAAUGGCCGAAGAAUAUGAUGAGAAGACGGGCGAACUACUUGUGAGAAAGUGGCGAGUGAAAAGUGCCUUGGGAGCCUUGGGCCAAUGGCAGAUUGAGGUGGGAGAGCCAGCACUCCCAGGCACAGGGAGCCUGGGGUCUGAAUUCAUCAAGGAAGACAAUGCCAAUCCCAUCUUCAUGCGCAAGGACACCAAGAUGAGCUUCCAGUGGCGGAUUCGAAACCUCCCCUACCCUAAGGACGUCUACAGUGUCUGUGUGGACCAGAAGGAGCGCUGCAUCGUUGUCCGAACAACCAACAAAAAGUACUACAAGAAGUUCUCCAUUCCCGACCUAGACAGAUACCAGCUACCUCUGGAUGAGUCCUCGCUGAGCUUUGCUCAUGCCAACUGCACCCUGAUCAUCUCUUACCAGAAGCCAAAGGAGGUCCUGGCGGCUGAGUCAGAGCUUCAGAAGGAGCUAAAGAAAGUGAAACCGGCCCACAGCAGUGACGGGGACUGUAAGACCCAGUAGCGGAGCAUCCCUGAGCCUGCACUUCUGGCAGCAUGGCGGGUGGGUGAGGCUCUUCCGGACUUUGUGGCUUGGGCCUUUCUGGUGCAGGGGUAUGUCCUCUCUUCCAUGAGCUGUCCAGGCUCUGUGAGAACUGGGCCUUGGGGUGCUCCUAGCCCCUAUAUCAUGGUCUGAUCUCCCAAGUAAAGUCAUUCUGAGUCACUGU